AUGGCCACCCAUCUUGCCGCAAUCACUCUCGAAAAGGGCACGCACUUCUUGGUCCAGAGUCGUCAAACGCCAAAGCCAGGCCCAGACGAGCUUCUUAUUGAGGUCAAGGCUGUAGCUCUCAACCCCGCAGAUCACUUGAUCCGUGACCAAGGCCUUUUCAUAUCCACCUAUCCUACGGUCAUCGGCUUCGACAUCUCAGGACUAGUUCUAGAGGUCGGUGCAAACGUCCCCAGCAAACCUGGUCAUGAGGGCUCAGGCCUAUUCUUCCAACCAGGCAUCACCCGUGUGGCCGCAUUUGCCGCUUCCUUCUGGAAGUCUUAUGGGCCUGACUACGGCGCUUUCCAGGAGCAAUGCCUGGUGCCAUGGCAGCACGCCGUGCCUAUCACAACUGAAAGUAUUUCCUAA